UUGUCUUUCUUCCCGAAUUAUCCAGCCACCUGCAACACCUCCUGCUCGCAUCUCAAUAAUAAUAAUAAAAAAAAUAGAUAAAAAAAAACUGUAUCUAUACAUUCUCCAACCAUUUUUGAUCAUUAUUUCAUCUAAUUAUUAUAUAAAUAAAGUAAAUUCCUUCUGUAUAUAAUCAUGUCUCUGGUUCACGUCAUUUCCCACCAUUUUUCAACUUCCAGAAGCUUCUCAUUAGAUCACACAUCAAUCCACACUUCAUUCUACGGAAAACGUAUUUUUUACAACAAUGUAUUCUCGCCGGUGGUGAACAGAACACCAAAAAGACAUGUGGUAUUACUAUCGUCGUCGUCGUCAAAGUCAAGGUUUAAGAUGAAUUUGAAUGAAUAUAUGGUGACUUUAGAGAAACCGUUAGGUAUUCGUUUCGCUUUGUCUUUAGAUGGCAACAUUUUAGUUCAUUCCAUGAAGAAAGGGGGAAAUGCCGAGAAAUCAAGGAUAAUUAUGGUUGGGGAUACUUUGAAGAAAGCGAGUGGAUCUUCUGGGGAUGGACUUAUUGAGAUUAAGGACUUCAGUGACGCAGAGAAGAUGAUGUUAGAGAAAUCAGGACUUUGUAGUCUUGUUCUUGAAAGACCUUUCUCCCCUUUUCCGAUUCAACAUCUGCAUCACAAAAGUGAUCUAGAUGUCCAAUUUAAUAGAGGCCGGGUUCCUAUAGCCACCUGGAACAGAACAGCAUUGACAUCAAGUUUGAGAACAUCUUUUGAGGGCAGUGGGAAUUCAGGCUUUGUCAUGUUCACCCCAAGAUUUUCUACUCCGAAAGGGUGGAAUCUUCUGAUUAACCAAAAUGGACAAUCUCGUGGCAGAAUAAAGAAAAACAUUCCAGAGGAACCGUUUACUCAACUUGUCACCAUUUUCUCUGAAGAACAGUCAGGAGACGAUUGGUCACAUGGAAGCUUCCCACUUGAUGAGUAUAUUAAAUCAUUAGAUCGUGCUAAAGGAGAACUUUAUUAUGACCAUUCUCUUGGUAUGCGUUAUAGCAAGAUUACGGAUCAAAUGUAUGUAGGGUCAUGUAUACAAAACGAAGCUGAUAUAGAGACUUUAGCUAAUGUUUCGGGAGUCACUGCUAUUCUAAAUUUCCAAGGUGGAGUUGAAGCAGAAAACUGGGAGAUUGAUUCAAAAUCUAUCAACGAGGCAUGCCAACAAAAUAAUAUUCUUAUGAUUAACUAUCCAAUAAGGAAAGGAGACUCAUUUGACAUGAGGGGCAAACUUCCAUUCUGUGUGGGACUUCUUUUACGGUUGCUAAAAAAGAACUAUUGUGUUUAUGUUACUUGUACCACUGGUUUCGAUCGAUCUCCUGCCUGUGUAAUUGCAUACCUCCAUUGGAUGACUGAUACUUCUCUUCAUGCUGCCUACAACUAUGUAGCUAGCUUGCAUACUUGCCACCCUGACAGACCAGCAAUUGCAUGGGCAACAUGGGAUCUCAUAUCUCUGGCGGAAAAUGGCAAACAUGAUGGACCUGCAACCCACUCUGUGACAUUUGUGUGGAAUGGGCAUGAGGGAGAGAAUGUAGAAUUGAUUGGAGAUUUUAGUAAUUGGAAAGAACCAAUUAAAGCUACUCACAAGGGAGGCCCAAGAUAUGAAGCCGAAGUUCGGCUUGCACAAGGAAAGUAUUACUACAAGUUCAUAGUCAAUGGGGAUUGGAGGCAUUCAACAUCCUCGCCCACUGAAAGGGAUGACCGGGGAAACGUUAAUAAUAUACUCGAGAUUGGUGACACUGCAAGGGUGCGCCCUUCUAUUCAACAACCAAAAAGGGAUGCGAAUAUCGUGAAAGUGAUUGAGAGACCAUUGACAGAAAAUGAGAGAUUUAUGUUAGCAAAAGCAGCUCGAUGUAUUGCAUUCUCAGUCUGUCCUAUAAGGCUGGCUCCCAAAUAGUUUCACAUCUACCACACCAUACAAUUGCUUUAAAACAAUUAUUGACCACCAUCAACAGACUUCGCCAGUUGAGUUGCCACAUGCAAGUCAUCAUAAUAUCAGUGUGCCACUUAUGGAGAAUACUGCACAUCACUUUAGGUUAGUGUUUGCUUCAGGCUCAAUAUCUUUCAAGAUAAUGGCAUCUUUGGCAUGUGACCUAUUCCCCGAUUCAGAUGAUUUACCUUUAAUUGUCAAUAGCCCUCUGGUUGAUUUGUGUCUAAUCUCUCUUCUGGUUAUGUUGUCAAUAUGUAGAUCAAGUUUAAUUUAAUAUAUAUAGACUUGAUAUACAUGUAUGGAAUCUCAUUUUUCUACAAGUUAUGUUAAAUUGUUUUUGCCA